AUGUCCUCCGAUAUACAGUCCAUAGAUAACGGCAGUGAAGUGGGUGCUGGUGGCGGUCACCGAGCGUUACGUCAGGGACGCUUACAUAAAGACGUUCAUGGGGACGGGGAGGCUAAUAGGAUGACGAGGAGAGAGUCUGCCAGGCAGUCUCGGAAAAGGAAGAAGAUGUAUUUGGAGACACUCGAGGACAAGGUCCAGAAGCUCAGCUCAGAAGUGAAUCGAAUGAAGGAGUACGCGGCCACUGGUCUCUCGCUAGAGAGCCUGGAUCAAGAGACCAAGAAUAAUAUUGAUCAGCUUCGAACGGCACUGGCCUCUGACGCCACUCCCAGUGUGGAAUUGUUCAGCCUAGUCGGCACGCUGCUGGUCCGGCUGGGCUCCAAUGGUGUUGAAAGGCGGGUUGGCAUUGAAAAAGACUUGGAGCAGUUACCCGAACUCUUUAUAUCCCCAGUAAAUAUGUUACUAUUCUGGCUCAAUGAGCGGAGGAUCGGUCCGUUCUCUUACAGCAGUGAGAGCGGAUCAGCUAGUAGACGCCUGUCCGAGUCGGACUCGGCUGCGACGAAGGCAAAUGAUGCCCAUGCGGUAGAUGUUGAGAAGGACUGGAAGGAGUUAGAGGAACGGUUGGAACUUACUGAUGAACAGAAGACACAAUUACAGCAGAUAGAAGAGAUGAUUGCUCAGGAGAAGCAACAGACACUGAGUUGUCUUCGUGCCAUAGAGCACAUGAAGAGAGCCCUUAGUAUCAGGGCUUAUAGUAUGCAGAAGUGUGUUGAAAAUUUACGAGGGAUGUUGUCGCCUGCACAGGCUGCCCGAGUCGUUUUGUGGCUCUAUGAUCAAGCGUCUAGCAAGGAUGAGAUGCAACAGAUAGAGCAGGAGUUGUUCCCAGGAGUCACUAUGGCUUCCAAUGCGAACUCAGCAACACAACAGUCUAUUCAUCGUGAGCAAACCAUGCAGAGCGCUCGAGACAAUAUGUUGUCCAUGAACGAUUCGGACAGCCCGCUGCCUAGCGAGGAGCUCGAGGAUGAGUCUGUGAGCUCUCACUCUGAUGUUGCUCAGUUUGGCACUUUCUGA